GAGAGAGAGAGAAUUACUUGUUCAUAAGAAACACCAGCAGAAGCUGCUGGUCACCUCCAGGAUGAACUAUAGACAGACCACGGGGUCUCAUACCAGCCGCAGGGCCCGGAGCCGUGAUAACCUGCUGCUGUUUGAUGAUUUUGGAGAGGAAAACUGCUACUCUGGACGAUGCCUCAGCUCGGAGAGACAGAUGAUGGCUCGUAUCAGCGCUGUAAAGCGACGCCAGGUUCUCCGUGGUCCUUCGUAUAUGUUCUCAGCUCCUUCGGUCAGCCUGUCAGAGGUGGAGCAGCGCUUUCUGGAGGCGGCUGAAUAUGGCAACAUCCCAGAGGUGCGGCGAAUGCUGGUCAACAUCCCCAAUUUGAAUGUCAACGCUGUGGACUACAUGGGCCAGAAUGCACUGCAGUUGGCUGUAGCCAACGAACACCUGGAGGUGACAGAGCUGCUGCUCGGGAGGUCGGAUUUGUCCAGAGUGGGUGACGCUCUCCUGUUAGCCAUCAGUAAGAUGUGUAAAGGUUAUGUGCGUAUCACAGAGGCCCUGUUGGCUCACCCAUCCUUUAGAGAUACGCGUCGUCUGACAGCGAGCCCUGCCCAAGCAGACAUGCUGGAUGACUUUUAUGCCUACGAUGAAGACGGGACAAGGUUCUCUCAUGACGUGACUCCGAUCAUUCUCGCAGCGCACUGUCAAGAAUAUGAAAUAGUCCACACCCUGCUGAGUAAAGGAGCCCGCAUCGACCCUCCUCACGACUACUUUUGUGGAUGUGACUCUUGCAACUACCAGCAGCAGUAUGACUCCUUCAGCCAUUCACGAUCAAGAAUCAAUGCCUACAGAGGCCUCGCCAGUCCUGCUUACCUCUCCCUGUCCAGUGAGGAUCCAGUGCUGGCAGCUCUGCAGCUCAGCAAUGAACUUGCCAUGCUGGCCAACAUCGAAAAAGAGUUUAAGAAUGACUACUGCUGUCUAUCGAGUCAGUGUAAGGACUACGUGGUGGGUCUUCUGGAUCUGUGCCGCAGUACAGAGGAGGUGGAAGCCAUAAUGAGUGGGGAAACUGACAGUGAAGACAGCUACGACCUACCAGGUCGCCCCUCCCUCACACGGCUCAAACUGGCCAUUAAAUAUGAACUCAAAAAGUUUGUGGCACAUCCCAACUGCCAGCAGCAGUUGCUGAGUAUCUGGUAUGAGAAUCUGCCCGGCCUGAGACAACAGACCACAGCUGUCAAACUGCUGGUGGUGCUGGCAGUGGCCAUAGGACUGCCUGGGCUGGCUCUGGCCUACUGGAUCACUCCAUGCAGUAGAGUGGGGAAAGUAAUGCGUAGCCCCUUCAUGAAGUUCGUAGCCCAUGCUUCAUCAUUCACAAUUUUCCUGGGUCUUCUCAUCCUGAAUGCUGCAGACCGCUUUGCAGGCACCACACUGCUGCCUAACAUGACCCACCACCAGCACGCUGAAGGACCGCACUUCAACUCUGACCCCCUACUGCUCUACCGCAUGACCACAACACCUUUCACGUGGAUGGAGAUUCUCAUCAUUUCAUGGGUCAUGGGUAUGAUCUGGGCUGAGGUGAAGGAGAUAUGGAGUCAAGGACCAGGCGAGUACCUGCUGGAACCCUGGAACUUCCUGGACUUUGGGAUGCUGGUGAUUUUCCUCGCCUCUUUCAGCUGCCGAUUCUCUGCAUUGAGACAUGCUGGCAUAGCCCAGACAUACGUGCACACGCACUACACAACACUCAUUAAUGUGACACUGCCUCCUGAGAUACACUACUUUACACUGGCACGUAUCUACUGGUUACCGUCAGAUCCCCAGCUUGUGUCUGAGGGUCUGUACGCGGUCGCAGUGGUGCUGAGCUUCUCACGGAUUGCUUACAUCCUGCCAGCUAACGAGAGCUUCGGCCCACUGCAGAUCUCAUUAGGAAGGACGGUCAAGGACAUCUUCAAGUUCAUGGUCAUCUUCCUGUUGGUCUUUCUGGCGUUCAUGAUUGGCAUGUUCAACCUGUACUCCUACUACCUCGGGGCAAAACAGAACGAUGCUUUUACCACUCUGGAGGAGAGUUUCAAGACAUUGUUCUGGGCUAUAUUUGGAUUGUCGGAAGUCAGGUCUGUGGUGAUCAACAAUGGACACAAGUUCAUUGAGAACAUUGGUUACGUGCUUUAUGGAGUUUAUAAUGUCACCAUGGUGAUCGUGCUGCUCAACAUGCUCAUCGCCAUGAUUAACAGCUCCUUCCAGGAGAUCGAGGAUGAUGCUGACGUUGAGUGGAAGUUUGCUCGAGCCAAACUUUGGUUCUCAUACUUUGAGGAGGGAAGGACGCUCCCUGUGCCCUUUAACCUGGUCCCCAGUCCAAAAUCCAUGUUGGGUCUGACCACUGGCCUCAAGUCUCUGCUCUUGCAGAUCAAGGCAGGAAACAGAGAGCACAAAACUGAGACACAGCUCAAUCAGCUUGGGGAAGGCAAAAGUUCAGGAUAUGGUAGUUCAAACAGCCCUACCAGAUACCAGAAGAUCAUGAAGCGACUGAUCAAACGUUACAUCAUAAAGGCUCAAGCAGACAGAGAAAGUGAUGAAAUCACUGAAGGUGAAUUGAAGGAGAUCAAGCAGGACAUUUCUAGUUUGCGGUAUGAACUUUUGGAGGAGAAAGCACAAAACAUGGAGACGCUGGAUGGACUGCUGAAGAGACUGGGACAAAUCAGCACACCUUCAUAACUCAACAUGAACACUAGGUUGGAGUUCGGUGACUUUGCGCCGUCACUGAGAUAACAGCGACAUAACAUCACUACAAUACAACAAGAAUGUGUCUGUUGUUGACUGGAUGUAUAUGUGUUGUUUUGGUGUUUGUCUUCUUCACAUUUGACAUCAGAAAGAUGGCCUAGUAUAAAAUGACGAGAUGACAUGAGACAUUCCAUGACCCAAACACAAAGAAAGUACAGUUGAGAUAAUGUAUUGAAAUUUGUGAAUGAAAAUUAAAUUAUACUUAAAAUGAAUUAAAAAGGCCAAUAUAUUGUGUGAAAUAAUUCUAACUGCAAUCA